CCGAUCCAUGGCCACGCCCCUGCGGCGGGUACCCGGUCCGGUUCGGCUCCGCUCGCCCCUGUUCGGCCCAGUCUGGCUCGGUUCGGCCCCAGUCGCCCCAGUUCGCAUCAUUCCGGAUCCAUUCAGCCGGGCUCGGGCCCGCUUGGCUCGGUUCGGUUCCGUUGGUCCCGACUUGGCUCGGUUCGGCCAUGUCUUGGGCCGCGCUGCUGGCCGUGUCCGCGCUCCUGGCUCCCGCCGCCGCCUGGGCUCCCUCCGCCGAAGAGGAGCUGCAGUUCAAGACCUGGAUGCUGCAGAACCAGCGGCAGUACGACCCGGCUGAGUACCCGCGGCGGCUCCGCAUCUUCCUGAGCAACAAGCGGCGGAUCGAGGAGCACAACGCCGGGAACCGCAGCUUCCAGAUGGGCCUGAACCAGUUUUCGGAUCUGACCUUCGCAGAGUUUAAAAAAUUGUACCUGUGGAGAGAGCCCCAGAACUGCUCAGCCACCAAGGGGAAUUUCCUGCGCAGCUCCGGGCACCGUCCCGGCUCCAUCGACUGGAGGAAGAAGGGAAAUUUUGUGACACCUGUGAAAAACCAGGGCCCCUGUGGGAGCUGCUGGACCUUUUCCACCACAGGGUGUUUGGAGUCUGCCAUUGCCAUUGCAACAGGGAAGCUCUUCUCUCUGGCAGAACAACAGUUAAUUGAUUGUGCCCAGGCUUUUAACAACCACGGCUGCAGUGGGGGACUGCCAAGCCAAGCCUUUGAGUACAUCCUGUAUAACAAAGGGCUGAUGGGGGAGGACAGCUACCCCUACAGGGGCGAGAAUGGCACCUGCCAGUUCCAGCCAGGGAAGGCCGUUGCGUUUGUCAAGGAUGUUAUCAACAUCACACAGUACGAUGAGGAUGGCAUGGUGGAGGCUGUGGGGAAGCACAACCCUGUGAGCUUUGCGUUUGAGGUGACGAGUGACUUCAUGCACUACAGGAGAGGAGUCUACUCCAACCCCCGGUGUGAGCACACUCCUGACAAGGUGAACCACGCCGUGCUGGCCGUGGGCUACGGGCAGGAGGGUGGAACCCCAUACUGGAUCGUGAAGAACUCCUGGGGCCACUUCUGGGGCAUGCAGGGGUACUUUCUCAUUGAACGGGGCAAGAACAUGUGUGGUCUUGCAGCCUGUGCCUCUUACCCGGUUCCUCUGGUGUAAGAGGGGAGUGGGGGGUGGGGACACGGGGUGUGGAACGGGAAUUGCUGCAGAGCCAGGGGCUGCCGGGCACCGAUGUCCAGAGAGGGCGCCGGGAAAUGCCGGAGAGCUGAGGCACAGCCUGCAGGCACAGCCCCGCAGCCCCACAGCCCCUGCCUGCAGGCACAGCCCUACAGCC